AUGGAAGCUGGUUCAUCUACAAGAGCUAUUUUCAGAAUAGGCUCGUUGGCCAACUACUUCCUCGGCGUCACGAAUCUCAUCGCUUAUUCAAUUAUAUUUGCAUAUCUUUACUGGCGCAAAACUCUCUCCUUCAGCCGGAACGACGAAUUGAGGAUGACCACACAAGUUGCCCUGUUCGUGAUAAUCGAGUGCAUCUUUUUUGUGUACUGGGAAUUUGUCGAGAAAACACAUCUGAUCACCACGGCGUCUGCACUGCUGACAUCUUCGAUUAUAAAAUUGGUAUUUUAUGACUCUAUAAUAUUUCCUUAUUUGCUUAUCAACAAGCGUGUCCAAGGGCGUAUACUGGACAUCAUCGGAUGCAGAUCAAUG